AUGACCUGGGCUAUCGAGCUAUCCCAGUACGACCUGCAGUAUGACCCCAGGCAUGCAAUCAAAGCACAAGCCAUGGCCGACUUCUUGGUAGAAGUGACGAGGGAUGCGACCAAGACACUGACCAUACGGUGGAAGCUCCACGUAGACGGAGCCUCCAACCAGACGUUUGGGGGAGCAGGGAUAAUCUUGGAAAGCCCAACUGGGGUCGUUUACGAACAGUCGAUCAAGUUCGAGUUCCCAGUGUCAAACAAUCAAGUGGAGUACGAAGCCCUUCUGGGCGGAUUAGUCCUGGCUAAAGAAGUCGGAGCCACAAGACUUGAAGUGUGUAGCGACUCGCAGGUCGUUACUUCUCAAAUCAAGGGGACCUACCAAGCAAUGGACUCCCUGUUACAGAAACAUCUGGAGAAGGUCAAAAGGCUAAGCGAACAAUUCGAGGAGGUCACGGUCCAACACAUUCCGAGAGAAAGGAGCACCCGAGCAUACCUCCUGUCUAAGCUAGCGAGCACCAAACUUGGGAUGGGCAACCGGUCUCUCAUUCAAGGGCUGAUAAAAGAGCCAGCGGUCGCCCUCCACAUAACUAAGGAAGAUCCCUCCUGUAUGAACUCGAUUACCGACUUCUUGGAAAGCAGUAAGCUCCCUGGCGAUGAGAAGUCGGCCAAAGCAUUAAGAAGGGAAGUGGCCAAGUAUGCGAUCAUACAAGGUCAAUUGUUCAAGAAGGGACUCAGCCAACCCUUGCUGAAAUGCCUGCAUCCAAGCCAAACAGGUUAUGUGCUCAGAGAGGUCCAUGAAAGGUGCUGUGGUCACCACAUUGGAGGCAAAGCGCUAGUGAGGAAGCUUAUCAGAGCUGGUUAUUACUGGCCAUCGAUGAUGAAGAACUCUAAAGAGUUCGUGAAGAAGUGCGUCAAAUGCCAGGAGAACGCAAAUUUUCACAAAGCGCCGGCAACCGAGCUAAAUCUGUUGACGUCUUCCCGACCUUUCUCGCACUGGGGAGUCGACCUCCUGGGUCCCUUCCCGGUAGGCCCAGGGCAAGUCAAGUACCUUAUAGUUGCUAUCGACUAUUAUACCAAGUGGAUAGAGGCCGAGCCACUAGCUAGCAUAUCCUCGUCCAAUUGCCGAAAGUUCAUGUGGAGAUAG